AGGGCCACUCCAGCAAGGGAGGAGGCCUGGCGCCAGCGCGGGCGCAGCGGGCGCUCCCCGCCCCGCGCUCCGCAGUGCUGCCCCUUCGCCGUGCACGGCAACGGGGGCCGCGCGCCAUGGCGGUGGCAGCUCCGGCGCCGGCGGAGGUGUCUUUGCCAGUGGCCGCCGCCAUGGCAGCUGUGAGCAGCAGCCCACUCCACGGCGUCGCUGAGUCUAGUCCGUACGAGCCCGCAGAGCUGGAGCAGAUGCUCAGGAAUUUCCGGCUCCGGAAGCGCCUGGACGUGCUCCCUGGCGCUGGGGUGCCAUUCGACCCCUACGAGCUGAGAUGGAUCCAGGAGGCCUGGCGAGACGCGGGGGAGGUCGCCCAGCUCCGCGCCGAGGCCGAGGAGGGCCGCGCCGCCGCGGGGGAGGCCGAGCGGGGUUCCGGGGCCCGGGGCGGCGCGGAGGCCAUGGCCGAGGUGGCGGAGAUGCAGCAGCGCCUGGAGCGCGGCUACGGGGCGCUCAACGCGGAGCGCCGCUCCAGGGUCGCGCUGGCGGAGGGACUGCGCAGGCAGCGCGAGAGCCUGGCGGCCAUCCGCUCCGAGAGCGCCCUGCUGCGCGGCCAGCUCGGCGGGCUGCGGGCCGAGGCCCAGCAGCGGGUGGUGGAGAAUGGCGCGCUCGGCAGGCGGCUGGGGCUCCACCGGCAGUCCCAGGCGCGCGGCCUGACGCAGGCGGCGGUGCUCGCGACCGCCCUCGAGCGCGUCCGCAAGGCCUCGGACCCUCGAGGCGGCUCCGCCGUGCAGGCGCUGGCGGCCUGCAGGGCGCAGAUCGCGGCGCUCGUGGAGGACAACGCGGCGCUCUCGCGGUCCCUGGCGCGGCGCUCGCGGGCGAGCCCGGGAGGGCCGCCGGGGGAGCCCGAGCCCGGAGCACUGCCGCCGUGAGGAGCAGCGACCCCCGCCUGCGCGGGCCGAGGCGAGCGUGACCCUCGAGAGAGUGCGAAGCCCGACGCCCGGCAGCCGGACGCGUGCGCCCCGAGGCACACCAGUAGGGCACACGCAGGCGUGCGCAUCCUCCUCCUCCUCCUCCUCCUCCUCCUCUUCCUCGUCGUCGUCCUC